UGUGUCUCUCUGUCUCUGUGUCUGUGUGUGUCUCUGUGUCUGUGUGUGUGUGUGUGUGUGUGUGUGUGUGUGCAGCUGGCAUUCAGGCAGCAGUGUGUGUUCAGCGUGUGGGAGCUGCGAUGGAGCGGUGUGUCUCCCGUCUCUCUGCACUGUGUGUUCUCGGCUGCUUUCGCUCCUGCAGACGCUCCGGACACGGCGCUCAAACCCUACAGAUAUGACUUCGCUUUGGAGCGAGUUUCGACUCUGUUGAGUGUGUGUGCAGAGAUCCGGCCGGCGGAGGGAGAGCGGCACUGUCGCACCGGUUCUCUCUGCAGGCUGGAGGUGUCUCUGACGCGUCUCUCUGAAUCCAGCGACUCAGACGAGGAGUGCAGCGACACCGACGGCCCGCGCACCACCAGGCUCCUGUAUGAAGUGUUUGUGAACAACAGUAACUGGGCGGUGUGCGGGAAGAGUUCAGGGGUCGUUUCCAUGCCGGUGGCUGCCAUGGCGACACACAAGGUUCACAUGGAGGUCAUGCCGCUGUUCGCGGGUCACCUGCCGUUUCCCAACAUCCGUGUGUUUAAGUACCUGCCACACCACAGCAGCCCCGUCAUCCCACCUGACACAGACUCGUGUCUGGAGAACGACAGUCUGUCUCUGGAGGAUCAGGCGGAGACGGCGAGUCUGCGCAGCCGAGGCAGUGUCCAGUCUCUGGGCAGCGGAGAGUCUGCGCAGCCGCGGGGCCCGAUGCCCAAACGCCAGGCUUUCGGCCCCGGACAGGUGUUCAGCGGCACACAGGGCCAGCAGGUGUUAGUGCUGCCCUCCGCUGACCAUCACCUGAUGGAGGUCAACGUCACAUGACCCGCCGGGGGUCACAUGGACACAAGACUCACCUCCGUCACGCGCUUCAUGAGACACCAGCUGUCUCUCAGAUAUCCCAUAAUGCCUUGCAGCCCCUCCUCUGUGUGCUCAGGCGUGUGUGUGUGUGUGUGUGUGUGUGAGAGAGAGAGAGAGAGAGAGAGAGACACCUGCUGUACAUAAUAGAUGCGAUUAAAGAGAAUCUUCUGAACCAAA